CACCGAGCCGUCACUUUUCCACGUCAACUUUAACCCCGGAAACACUUACGACUGUCUUUUCUAGCCGGAAUUCGAGGAGUGAAAGGAGGAGACGAGAUGGCACCGCGCAAAGGCAAAGAGAAGAAGGAGGAGCAGGUGAUCAGCUUGGGACCUCAAGUGGCAGAAGGGGAGAACGUCUUUGGCGUCUGCCACAUUUUUGCCUCUUUCAACGACACCUUCGUGCACGUCACAGACCUCUCCGGGAAGGAGACCAUCUGUCGCGUGACGGGCGGCAUGAAGGUGAAGGCGGACAGAGAUGAGUCGUCCCCCUAUGCUGCGAUGCUGGCGGCGCAAGACGUGGCUCAGCGCUGCAAGGAGCUUGGCAUCACCGCUCUGCACAUCAAGCUAAGGGCCACCGGCGGCAACCGCACCAAGACGCCCGGACCGGGAGCGCAGUCUGCACUCAGAGCCCUUGCGCGAUCUGGCAUGAAGAUUGGACGCAUCGAGGACGUGACCCCCAUCCCGUCAGACUCGACGCGCAGAAAGGGAGGACGCCGUGGACGCAGACUGUAAACGCAGGCCGACCUUCGCGUGUUCUGUACAAUAAACGUGGUAAACCACAA